AUGGCAUCCGCCAGCUCCUCCCAAGUCGAAAAAGAGGUCAACACGCUCCUCCACCAGCAAGAAGACUCCGCCAAACAUGUCCGCCCAACAGACCCCUCAGCCGUCGACACCAUCAUCACCAAACUCUUCACCUCCAACAUCGGCAGCAUAGCCAUCCGCGAGCUCAGCCAGCGCCUCAUCCUCCUCGUGCAAACCCCCGACUUCGCCCUCAACGACCGAAUCGAAAUAUGCACCACCCUGCUCGGCAAAAUCGAACAGUACCAAGCCUCCCAAGAAGAGCAGAUCGCGGAGCUCCGCAUGAUCCUCGCAAACACCUACGAAGCACUCGAUGACUUCCACUCCGCUGCCCAGAUGCUCGCCGCUAUCCCGCUCAACUCCUCGCAGCGCAAGAUCAGCUCGGAAGACAAAGCAGCGACGCUAAUCCGCAUCGUGCGUCUGCACCUCGAAUGCGACGACCCCACCUCCGCCGAAACCUACCUCAACAAAUUCAAAAACAUCAUGCACGAAGUCACCAACCCAACCUCGCUCAUCCACUUCCAACCACGACCCUCCAUCGGCGAAGACGAGCAACUCCACACCCUCUCCAUGGCACUAAAAUGCGCCGUCCUCGCCCCCGCCGGCCCCGCCCGCUCGCGCGCCCUAAAUCGUCUCUACAGCGACGAGCGCGCGCCGCAGUUGGAGGAGUUUGCGAUCUUGGAGAACAUGCACCUGCAGCGUGUGAUUGCGCCGGGCGAGAUCGCGAAGUUCGCGGAGGGGCUGCAGGAGCACCAACUUGCGCGGAUGAGUGAUGGGUUGACGGUGCUGGAUAGGGCGAUGUUUGAGCAUAAUCUUUUGGCGGCCAGUAGGCUGUAUGCGAAUAUUGGGUUUGGGCCGCUGGGAGAGCUGCUGGGGAUUGGGGGGGGAGAAGGCGGAGGAGAUGACGGCGAAGAUGAUUGA